CCGAAAGCAGCAGCGCCGAAUAGUGUUGACGCUUGGCGGUAGUGGCGGGUGUUGUUGUGUGCUGCUCUUCCUUCAGUUGAUUCUGCUCACCUGUUCGCGGGCUUGUUCCGCGGGGACGAUGGACAGCCCUAUCAAGAGCAAGUCCAGCGAAGCAACAGGAAUAUCAAGAUCAGGAAGAGUGCGCAAAAAAUCCUCAAAGCUCACAGAUUUUGAAUCUCCAGAUGAAAUUGACACAAGGUUCAAACGAAGGACAGACAGACCCCAGAAAGUGGUCACCCCUAAGGCAUUGAGUGAAGAUUCUGAUUCCUUCCUGGAUGAAGAAAUCAUUGAUGUGAAGGAUGAACCUCUUGAGGUGGAGGAAUGGGGAGAAGAACCAGAAGAGGAAGAAGAAGGGGAUGAGGAGGAAGAGGAAGAAGAAGAGGGUGUUGGAGGAGAGGAAACAGGAGGAGAUGGGGGUCUUCCAGAGUAUACAGAUCCUCUCCAAGUGGAUGAGGAUUCCACAGAUGUGUCAAGAGAAACAUCUAACUACACUCAGGCACAGUCCCUCUACUUCUCAGAAAAACAAGGAAAGAAGAGCAUUGUCAUGAAGGGUGGCCAAGUGGUGGUGAGAAGGAAGAAAGCUCAACGCAAGGACAAAGGGAAAUCUCGUUUCACUGCAUACAUGCUUUGGGCACGAGAAGUUCGUCCAGGCAUCAUCCAGGCAAAUCCUAAUAUGGAUUUCUCAGCAGUAAACAAAAGGCUGGGUGAGCUGUGGGCACUGGUUCCAACCACACAGAAAUAUAACUGGAAGCGACGAGCAAAACGUCUGGCAGCAAAGGGCAAUCAGAAAGGUGGUCUCAUUUCCACUGGCCGUCCAUCACGCCCACCACCUCCAGCUCGAGCUAACCUUAUCAACAAGGGAGGGGUCAAGCCAGCUCCUCGGCCUGAUCCCAACCCAGCCCCACCUCCACCUACCCCAGCCACACAGGGGACAGGACACCAUCGCCAUCCAGGGCAAAAAGUCACCAAGUCUCAGGGGAAAAGGCGUCAACCUCCAGAGUCACCUGCUGCCACGUCUGGAAAAAGAUUGGAUGAAUGUUCUUCACUUCUCUCUGCCCAAUUUCUGUUCCCUGUUAGUUCACCUGUUCAAAGAAAAAAACAUACAAAUGAAACAUCAUGCAAAAAAUCAGCCUUCAUGUAUAAGGAGGAGGGGCUAAGAGAAUGCCUCCAGUUCUCUCCUGCCAAAAGUCCUGGUUCAGCUCACAUACCUAUCUUGGGAAAGAAAUAUGAUAAGGUGGAGGAAGAAUUAGACUUCUAUAUUCAGAAAGGGAGACGGUGCAAACCUGUAAGCAGGAAGGAUGAAGCUGAACAAGUAGAGGGUACUGUAGAAAGGAGAGGAUCAAGGAAGGCAAAAAGAGUGAAGCAAGUUAACUGGAAAAGUGAAGAGAUGUUGGAGGAUUUAAAUUUUCUAGUAACAAAAUCUAGUGACAGUCCUUCAAAUAAACCAUUGAUGAUAACAACAGUGACUGAUGGCAGUAGUACCAGCAAACACAAACCAAACAAACUUCAUAAGCAAACGACAACAGUGAGAGGUGGCACUUGCAGCAGCACCAACAGCCCCAAGCCAAGUAGUCCUUCUAAAUGUUGUUCAGUUGCAGUAGGAGUCACAAGCUUCACAGUGAAUGACAUUUUUCAGGAUCUUUUUGUUGAUUGGUUCAAAUGCCCAUAUUGUCCUCUGACCUUGGCACAAGCAGUAUCAUGUGUGUUACAUAAGCAGCUAACAGAAGAAAAAGCCUCUCUCUUGUACUGUAUAUCUCCCACAAGAUUAAGUGUAUGUCUGUCACGCAUCUUUAAGCUUCAAAGGAUGUUUAAGAAGAGUAACAAAUAUUACAGCUUGUUAGAGCAAAUGCGUUUGUAUUCAACAAGUGACUCAGUUAUAGAGUGGCUGCUCCGGAUGAGGCGUAUGGGUCGUCCUCCUGUGAAGAAUGAUGUUAAUCAAGUCACCUGCUACCAAGGAAACAAAGGACAAAAGGCAGUUACAUCCUUAGAGAGUUUCCUCUUGAUGUAUGGUGAAAAAAACUUGUCCUUUGAGGAGUGGGUUAUUCUCUCACCAUUUGCUGCAACCCAGUGGCACAAUAACUUUCAUGAGCAUGUCUAUAUCCGCUGUGGCAUGACACCUAGUGAACUUCUUACCUCCAAAAAUGGCAUACGAGUUUUCACUAGUGCUGAAGUUUUGGUGUCUCUUGGUGAUGUCUCAAGAGAGGUCACCAUUAUACGAGGAAGGUCCAAUCUUUACUGCUUGACUCGACAGAGCACUGGAGUGUCUCGGGCCAUACUGACCUUCUCAGCUGCAGGUCAAUUUCACCCACCAACUAUUUUGCAGAAAGGAUACGAACUGCCGCACUGGGCAUUAACUGAGGAGAAUGUUGAUCUGAUGGCCUCCUCUGAUGGUAGGCUGGACCCUUUAGUCUUCCUAGGAUGGCUGCGUAAUUUUGAACAAAGGCUGACUGAGGCCGAUGUGCCUCGGCCAGUGGUCCUUUUUGUCCAUGGCCAUGCAGCUCAUGGAUCUCCAGCAGUUGAAUCUUUCUGCUGUACCAAAGGAAUUAUCCUUCACUCUCAUCACCAUAGUCCCAUUAACUUCAUGGAUCCUUUCAUCCACCUCCUUUCUCCUCUUCUUCACCAUUUUGGCCAUACCCAAGAACAACUGACCACCCUCACUGGCACCCAUCUGUUGCCAGACUACCUUCUACCAUCCAUCUUAGCUGAUGCCUGGACUCAAGUUUCCAAAGAGAAUUUGGCAAGUAAAGCUUUCCAGAGCUCUGGUCUUGUCCCCUAUGAUGACUCUAAAUGUUUUACUGGUUUUAAAGAAUCCAUUCAAAUGGCAGCCUUUCCUCCAUUGAUGCUGAAUCCAAUUAAGAAUUAUUUUCCUAGCGGUGAUCUUUCUGAAGAGAUUCCCUUUGAAACUGAGCCACAGAUAUGUUCUACUUACCAUUUGCAGACUCUUGAUAUCUGCAACAAAUCCAUAUACCAUGUAGAGCAUGGUAGAGGAGAGAAUACUUGUAAGAGAUCUUCAUGCAAAAGACUGGAGGACAGAGAAAAUGAAACUGAUGCUGACCAGAUACAUGACCCUCUUUAUAUUACACCAAAUCCUGUUUUUGAUCAAUCCAUAAGGGAAUUUGGAAAGGUCAUCCACAUACAUAGUGAUUCAGCAAAUGUAGAGUCAUUUAUAGGUCAUUCUUUAGAGAACUCACCUGAGGGAGAGCUAGAUGAAUUACCACUUUCCUGUGAAAUUCAAGAGCCAGUCAUUUGGCCUGAAUUAAGUCCAACUUCUUUUCAUACUCAUCAGCAUAUCAAGACCGAAUCUGAUCUGACUUUCAACCUUGUACCUGCAGAGUCAUCUAAGGAGAAUUUACCUGACAAUCAGCCACAUGUCAAAGGAUACCUCCAAUUAGCAUGCAGUCUAACUGAUUUGGAAUCACCCAAACAGGACCAGCCAGAGUUUGAGAUCAAAACAGAGAGACUAACUCCAGAGAGAGUAAGUCCAGACCAGAUUGAUAAUGUCUCAUGGAUCAAAGAGGAAAUGGAGGAACCAACAAAGGCUUGGGAGUUACAGAAUAAUUCUGAAGAGGAUAGCCAAAUACAAAAUUUACUUGAGAAGCAGUCACCCACACUUGAAACAGUGUUUAUCAAUGUGGAAACAGAUAAUCUGGAAUGAAUCUUGUUAUGUUUUCAGAUACGUGAAUAAAAAUGCAUAUAUGCUA